GGGAAAAAGGACUUGUGAUGGAAGUUUUCUUGGAACAGGUUGACAACAGAGUUGCAGUAACGGCUGCUUUUUCAAAUAAGGUAAAUACUUCAGUUAUCUGCCAUACGAAGUGGAAGCAACUUGCAGAUGACCCAGCUUUUAUUUUCAGUUAUUUCUAAUAAAUUUCACAUGGUAAGAAGACCAUAUCCCCUUCACCCCUUCACCACAGGUCAAAAUUAGCUUCAAAAGAUACGUUCUAAGUGAUGACUGAAUAUUAUUUUUUCCAGUCUCUAAAAUUUAACUAUAUGAGGUUUCAAUUUAAGAAGUGUUUUACUGAAAAUGUAUUCCUACUUGUGAACAAUAACUGGUAGGGUCCAGGGUCUAGAUUGCAAUAGACAUGGGCACCAGUGCGACUUAAAUUUUCUCACUAGUGACUAAACUUUCUUGUUUAGUCUCCAAACCUUGACUGGAAACAUAUAAUACCCUUACCUUUUUUAGUUCCAAAGGGGAGCCAAACCUCAGAGCUUUGAAUUUUUGUACUUAGAGGUUGUACAAACCCUUACUUCAAGGAACUCAUUGGUGAAUGACAAAAUCAUAGGUUACAUACUAUGACCCAAUGUGAUGAUUACUAUCAACACCUGCGUAUACAACAGGCUGUGAAGAUUCCUACUGACCUCUUCUGUGAGCCAAAAAGUUAAAAGGGAGGGGGAGGGGAGAGGUUUCCACCCAGGGCUUCAAGAUUCUCUUCUUUGCUCACUAUAAAUAGCUUAGACACCAUUAAUAGCUUUGUUUUUCCUCACCAAAAUCAACAUUUUCUACUGGCAAAAACUGAUAGGCAUUAUUUUGGAUUUUUAAUGACAUCUGAAUGUAAAUAUAGGGAAUCCAUUUACAAUUGCAGAAUUUUGUCAUUCAUUUUAUUUUUCCGAAAGGACCCAUUUGAUGAACCUUUUCAUAAAAUCAAAAAGGUCAAACUAUGCCUAGACAGCCAUUCCCUCUCCCAAAAUAAUGUAUUGCCAACUGUUUAACAGCUCUUAUGCAAGUGGUCAUGGCCAAUCUUUCAGCUUCACCAGGAACUCUUUUCAACCUGGAUAAAGCUUUGAGAUGAUGAAUAUUGUGAUUUGUCAAUAAUUAUAUAAAUCAGACCUUGUUAUAAGCCCAUUACCUAGGGUCCUUUAGGAAAAUAAAAUGAAUGACAAAAUUUUUGCAACUGUGGAUGAAUUCUUGAUAUUUAGGGUCAGUACCUCUUGAUCACCUUUUUUAUUUAAUAAAUUGGGUUACUUGUCCCCUUUUGAUUUGUCUGGUCAUUUUUAUAAGUUCUCAAAGGUUACCAAAUCUAACUUAAUUACUACAGAUUCUAGAGGACACAAAAUCUCUCAUCAAGCAUUCCUACCAAGAGACACUUGACAAUGCCAACAAUGAAGAAUGGAUAUUAUUUCUAAAAUAUCUUGGAGAUGAUAACGUGUCAGACACUCUGAAAACAAACUGGCUUCUGUAUGUUAUUACUUGAUUUGAUUAUUAUUGUCAUUAAUAUUAUUAUUGUUUUUAGGUUGUACCUUUCAAGCAGAUAAUGUUGCAUUUGCUAUAAACUUAAAGGCACUACAGUGUUUCACUCUCUAUGAAGGUAAAAUGUUACCCUCUUUUUUAACUGCUUUUUGUCAAAUUUUUUAACAUUAGUUUUUUUUUUAUCCUUUUUCAUCUUUAAUACCUCUUCUGAGUGAUAUUCUUUCAGUUACCUUUGGUUUGCAGUCAGCUAAUGAUAUAAUAAUGGCAUACCUAGUGUCCAGCAACACAUUACUAAUAUCCACUAUAUGUCAGUGUACUUACCCCUAACAUUGUACUUUCUUGAAAAAUAAACAGUCUUUGGAUUGUUUGUAAUAGAGACCUUAAGCAAACCACCAUGGCAACAGUAACAAAAGCAUGGCCAGACAAAAGAUUCAAUGGGCACACAAAUAGCUCACUAUGUAUGUUUUAUAAUUGUAUUUAUUUUUCAUUUAUUUUCUGAAACAAAACAACAUAAAUCACUCAAAUUUGCAUGGAGUGAGAACAGAACCUCUGAUGGCUUGGAACUCUGAUGGCAAAUUAUUUACCUGUCAUUGUUUAGAACUAAACCCUGCUCACUUUUGUUAUGGAAAAGAUGAUGUCUUGCUCUGUUAGAGAGGGUAAUCACAUCCACCAUCCAUUUAGUGGACAUUUUUGUCAGCUUGCCAUCCUGAUUGCGUAAGAUCCCUAAUGAUUUCUGUGAAUUAACUCUCUUGUGUUUACAAAUUACUUCUAAGCACAAUCAUCCUCUCUUCAUGGUAAACUCCCCCUUUUUAAAUUCUUGCUGGACAUAAUAACUGUUCAAUCUCCACUUAGCUGGCUUUUUAUCUAAUCAACAUUAGUUGAAGACUGAAGAAAAAACCCUUUUACAUUUAAUUUUUUAAAAAACCCUUUUUAAUUUUUGUUUUUAUUUGUGGGAAUUUGAGAAGCAAGUUUUACAUUAGUUUUGAAAGACUAAAUAUACAUUUAACACUCAGGUAACCCACAAUUUAUACUCUCUUAGUGGGGAAGAAAAUUUGCAAGACACCUCUGAUAUUAAAUUUUUGUGCUGUGAAGUCCUCACCACAAAGUAAUGUGUUUUUUUUAUAAUUUAGAUUAAUUUGAUUUAUAUUUCUGAUUAAUUUUUUCUUUUCAAUUAUCAAGUUUUCUCACUGUUACAAUGAUCUUCAUGUAAAGCCAGAUUAAUUUCUAAUAACUGGGUGGGAUGUUGAUGUUUUUAACUAAUUUAUGAUACAGACUUCUUUUGUUGUGUCUGUGAAGGGUUACUUCUUUUAUCCAUUUGGUACUGUUUUUUUGACUGGUUUCACAAAUCCGGGAUUUUUGUAAAUUUUUAACAAGUUUGAAGUUUAUUUUAUUGGAAAAUGCUGUUUGAUUAUUUGUAAACUGAGAAACAUAAUUUGCUUAUCAAGUCUACAGCAUUCCAAUUGAUAGUAUGGUUACAGCAUCAAAAGUAGAGAUGACUACAGAGGAUCUGUUCUGUGGAAUAGGAUUCCUUCUGAGAUUAAAAAACUGCCUAGUUUGAAUGUUUUUAAAACUUCAUUUCAUGGGAAAGAUUUCUCUGAUACACCAUUGUAACUCUUAUUAUUCAUGAUAUAAGUUUUUGUAUUUUUAACAUUAUAGUAAAUAGCUCCUUGUUACUCAUGAUACAAGUUUUUGUUUUUGUAUGUUUAACAUUAUAGUCAAUAGUUCUUAAAGUAUUUUAGUAUAAUUUAAACACGAUUCCUAGGAAGACCAUGUAAAAUGAUAUGAUUUCGUGUAUAAAUAAAGAUUGAUGAUGAUGAUGAUAAACUUAACUAGUAAAGGUGGUUUUUGAAAUUAACUUUUGUGAGGUGCAAAACAGAACAACAAGAUUUAAAUUGCACUUCCUUGCAAGAAUUGUGUGUUUUCACCACAUUGUCUCUCCUCAUGUUAUUAGCUAGAAGUUGUUCUGAUUGUGUUCAAUUAGUUUUUUCCAUCCCUAAGAUGACAAUAUAAAUUCUCUGCACUGUUUGCUAUACAUUUCUUUGAAUUUUAGCUUUCAGAAUUUAGUGUUAGAUCAAGCAAAUACCCACAGAUGUUAACUAUUAUUUUUCUCAUCACCUUUCUGCUUAAUAAUGCAUUGUAUUGUAAGUAGAAACAACUUAUUGAACACCUCUGGGAGUGAAAGGGUUUUUUGUGUGGGGGGGGGGGGGGGUUAGCCUAAAUAUAUAAUUUCCAGUUUUUAAGUGGACACAGUCACUGUAACAUGCAUUUAGAUGAGAUUAAAAGAUAAGUUUGAUUAAAAUGUUUGGAUGCACGGGAAUUGUAAUUACUUCGUUUUCAGAGUAGGAUUUUACAGAUUUUUUAAUUCUUCCCUAAGUGUUGAAAAGAAAUGAUGUAAAGAAAUUUUGAUUUGGGCGACCAUCUUUUAGGCCUGGGCACCCAAGCUAAAACGCUUGGGAGCCCGAAGGGCUCCCUGAAAUUUUCCUUAGAGCACAGCCUUGGGUUAGCCUAAAUAUAUAAUUUCCAGUUUUUAAGUGGACACAGUCACUGUAACAUGCAUUUAGAUGAGAUUAAAAGAUAAGUUUGAUUGAAAAGGUUGGAUGCACAGGAAUUGUAAUUACUUGGUUUUCAGAGUAGGAUUUUACAGAUUUUUUAAUUCUUCCUUAAGUGUUGAAAAGAAAUGAUGUAAAGACCUGAAAAUAUUACAGGAAAUUAAAAGGAAAAAAA